AUGUAUAAUCGCGAAAACAAGAUCAUGAGAAAACUCCUCGGCAAAGUGACUGCCGACAGCAGCACCGACACCCACCACUCCAUCGCCAUCACAAGUGCGCCUCACUUCCAGGCCUCGUACCGACCAAGCGUUCCGCAAAAUGCAACCUUUUCGGCCGGCGUUCCCAUCCUGUGCCUGGAUUCCUCUCCCGAUCGCUGUGCCGCCGUCAUAGCCGGAAGGCAUGUUCUCAAAACCAUCGUCUUCGACGGCCUGUCCGUGAACGAGGCUAUCGACCUCCGCAGCGCCAUCACGGCCCAAUCUGCCUCUAGCAAGACCGCAUCGAGCUCCUUGACGGCAGAUCAGCUCUCCAUACGAGACGUCAAGUGGCAUGGCGACUCCACCAUCUUCACUGCUUGCGCCAAUGGCAAGAUAUUCUCCUACGACCUUGCAAGGAUCUCGAUAGGUGGCGCCGCACUCGAGUUCGUUCAGACGAGGGAGGACUCGCGCCAGGUCAACAGUCUCGACAUCAACCCUCACAGGCAGACGACCCUGCUCUCUGGCAGCCAGGAUGGCAUGGUGCGAUACUUCGACAUCCGCGCCCCAGUCCAGAGCCGAUCCGGCGGUCUCACCUACAGCCCGCGCGGGGCCUACAAGUGCAACGCCGAUGGUGUCCGCCAAGUCAAGUGGUCGCCCAAGGACGGUUUCUACUUUGCCUGCGGUACCGAGUCUGGUGUCAUUCUCAAGUGGGACGUGCGGAAGGUCGCCCAGCCACUGCUCAAGAUACCCGCCCACGAUAAAGCCUGUGCCUCGAUAUCGUGGCACCCCGAUGGCAACCACCUGAUCAGUGGUGGCUGGGAUAGCAAAUGCGCAGUGUGGGACAUGUCCAAGAACGCCGACAAGCGGCAGAAGCCGAGAUGGCUCAUACAUACUCCGGCGCCCGUGUCUGCUGUUGCCUGGCGUCCCGGCCUUUGGUCAGCGAGCGCCCAGGGGAAGCGUGCCGCCCAGGUUGCCGUCUCCUACGACGAUGGGAGCCACAAACGUUUCGGAAUCAACAGUGUGCAUAUCUGGGACUUGGCCAGGCCUACCAUGCCAUACAAAGAGAUCGAUCAAUUUGGCUUCUCCCCCUCAGGUUUGCUCUGGCAGAACCAGGAUCUCCUCUGGACCGCCGGUAAUGACGGUUUGUUCAACCAAUGCGACGUCGCCUUCGCCCCCAAGGUACUUGACCGACAGCCGGUAUCUAGUAUGGCUUUCUCAGCUCGUGGUGAUGCCGUCAUGUUUCUCGACGAGCGACCACAGGAUCGGCCACGACCCUCAAUCAUCCAUCACCAGGCUAGCGUUGUACCCCCACGCACAUCCUAUAGUUCGAGCCCAACGGCCCCAAUGCUCAGUAUCAGCCGCAGCGACUCUGAAGAAGACGUCGUCGGUAGCUUCUUGGGACCGCGUCGCAGAGCUGGCCGAAAACGGAGACACAGUUUGCGUUCAGUCCCUGUUCUGAGCACCACGCCGCCUUCUGGAUCAGGCGUCAGUGACGAUCUUGUCUUGGGCUUAGAACAGGCCAUGAAGGUGACUGGCACCUACAAGACACAGCAGUCCAUGGCGGUGGGUCACAUUCCCGCGGCGGCACGAGUCGAUAUAUACGAAUACCUAUCCAGCUGCUAUCUCGAGACCAUGGAUCGUGAACUUCCGUACGUCGCCAAUGGACCGCCACUCAGCAAGAGAGUCUGCGAUAUUAUGGAGCAAUACGCGCGUGCGGCGGAACAUGUUAACCAAUUCCGUCUCGCCCAGACAUGGCGAAUCCUGGCGUAUUCGAUGAAUCUGCUGUUGUCCCGGCGGGCUCAGUUCCACCUCGAAACUCGCCUGGGUCAGUUUCAGAAGCGGCCGUCCGUUGCAAAAGCAAAAGAUAUCCCGAAAAUACGGGUGCCUAGAGCGUUGGACGUUGUCGUGGAGAUAAAUGGUGAAGAAACACCAAGGAAGCCAUCGGCUCAUAUCUCUAAUAGCGUCGACGGCAAGUCUUUAGGGCCUCGUUCAUUGCUUUCGGAAGAGAUUGAGAGCACCUCUAAUGUUACAACACCCAUUGCAAGAGCUAUCAACGGGGAAAAUACCAACAUGGGCGAUUUUCCGUCCGAGGCACAGCUGCCACCAGUCAUGGAAUCAGACAGUUUUGCUUUGCCCCCCGCAGCUCACAGUACGUUCAAUGGGAGUCCAAGGAGGCGACUGGACUCGGUUCCUUUGUCUACCACAAGCCAUGAAAGCGAUGGCACACAGAUCUCCAUCACAGAGGGAUACGACUUUUAUGAUACUGACACACUAUCCCAAGCUAUAGAUGUGCCCGAGCCAAAGAACAAGGAGCAGAAGCCUCUGGACUACGGCCCCCGCACCCCUAACAGCCGACGCACACUGAGACAGGACUCUGAUGGGAGUCUUGCACAGAUGUUCUCCAUGUCGGAGAGCAGUCGCCAGACAUCUGGCUUGGCGUCCUCUUCUGAAGCGGGUACAUCAGCAUCUACGCGAUCGAUCGUAAGGUACCCUACGCAGCUCAAAGAGCAAAGAGGAGUCACAGACCAGGUUGAAUACGAGAGUCGCAUCCGUGGCAAGGAGCUUGAAGACUCGCCCGAGCAUGGUGCCCUGACGGCACUUCACGGCCCAGGGGCAAGCCUUCCAAAGGAUUCGCCCGAAGAGAUCUUUAUGAUUUCCCAGACAACCAUGACAUCUGAUACAGCUACCGAUGAUCCAUCAACACAAUCACAGUCGGAGUCUCUCCCGGCGGCCUACGGAGACCAUGCCCCUCUCCACAUCGGCGUCUCAUCUUCAACCCCGCCGAAAAUUACGCCGGCCCUUCAACAUGACUCUACGCCAACCAUACUCGACUCUGACUACUUCCCCUGGCCGGAAGAUCCAUCAUACCCGCACCCUGUUGCGAAGGAACCAGACGCGGAUUAUUCUCCACCACUGAACCCUUACACUCUCAUAAACAGAGCCCUGGAUUUCGAGACGCGGACGUCCGCACUCAACGCCUCUGCCAUGGUCCUCCUCCUGAAGCCCCUCGUGCCGGAGUCCGUCAUUGACCCGGUCCGCGCGACAUCAAUCCUCCGCCAACACCAUUCGCGCCUUGCGGGCAUGAAGCUUUUCAUCCAGGCCGCCCUCCUCCGUAAACUCUGCGUUCGCGGAUGGCCGGAGGGCAUUCCCGAAUGGGGAGAGAACUACACAUCCAUCUUCGGCCCAGCGCAGCAAGGCGUCAAAGGGGGUUUCAUGUGCCUCAACUGCCGGAAACCCAGAGAACUCGACCCGUCUCUCGGCGAGAAGGCUCUCUGGAAAUGCGAGCGGUGCCGCACGACAAUGGCCCCAUGCGCCGUUUGCGGCCACCGCGAGACCACGGCCGCGGCGCUCUCCGUCGCCGACGGGAUCGGGGGCGCCCAGCCUGCAGACCCGAUCAUGAGCACAUGGUGGUACUGCCCCGGCUGUGCCCACGGCGGCCACGCCACGUGCUUGCAAGACUGGCACGCCCCCUCGGACGAUGGGACAUACAAACUCAGCGAUGGUUGCUGUCCCCUUGACGGCUGCGGCCACGCCUGCCUUCCUGGUAAGUGGCGCGAAGAGAAGUCGGUGACGCGAUCAGACGAACUGGGCCGCAUGGCCAUGGAGAAAGUACGCGUCGGCGGCAAUGGCGGCGUAGCAGGAGGGGGAGGUGGCGGUGGCGGUGGUGGCGCCGGCGCCGGCGGAGGCAAGUCGGGUGCGCCGAGCCCCGUGAUGCCGCCCAACGUCCGCGGCGACAGCAUCGAGGUGCCGCAGAGCAGGGCCGUCGAGAGCGUCCGCGAGACGCUGGCGAGCGGCGCGCCGACCUCGGGGAUCCUCAGCUCCAGCCCGGGGAGCCGGUCGGGGGAGCGGGAGAGGAGGAAGAGCGUCAAGUUCGUGCCGACGGAGCGCUAG